AGAGAAUAAGGGGGGGGGAGAGAAGGGGGGCAGAGAGACACACACUUUAGAUAAGGACAAUUAGUCACCAUCGAGACCCAGUAGGGAGAGAAGUUUAAAUCAGAGGGAUUUAAUGAGGGUGCUCUGUGCUUUCCCUGAAGCCAUGGCCUCCAGCAGCUCCCGCCCCCCCUCGUGCCUAGUCCUGGUGGCUCUCUUCUUGGCUCUGUUGCUCCAUCUCUCCCUCUCCUUCCACGCUGGAAACAGGAGACCUUUGCCUGUAGACAGAGCUACAGGUCUGAAGGAAAAGACCCUGAUUCUACUUGAUGUGAGCACCAAGAACCCAGUCAGGACAGUCAAUGAGAACUUCCUCUCUCUGCAGCUGGAUCCCUCCAUCAUUCAUGAUGGCUGGCUCGAUUUCUUAAGCUCCAAGCGUCUGGUGACCUUGGCCCGGGGACUCUCGCCCGCCUUUCUGCGCUUCGGGGGCAAAAGGACGGAUUUCCUGCAGUUCCAGAACCUGAGAAAUCCGGCGAAAAGCCGCGGGGGCCCGGGCCCGGAUUACUAUCUCAAAAACUAUGAGGAUGACAUUGUCCGGAGUGAUGUUGCCUUGGACAAACAGAAAGGCUGUAAGAUUGCCCAGCACCCUGAUAUCAUGCUGGAGCUCCAGAGAGAGAAGGCAGCACAGAUGCAUCUGGUUCUUCUGAAGGAGCAAUACUCCAACACUUACAGUAAUCUCAUAUUAACAGCCAGGUCUCUAGACAAACUUUAUAACUUUGCUGAUUGCUCUGGACUCCACCUGAUAUUUGCUCUAAAUGCACUGCGUCGUAAUCCCAAUAACUCCUGGAACAGUUCUAGUGCCCUGAGCCUGUUGAAGUACAGUGCCAGCAAAAAGUACAACAUUUCUUGGGAACUGGGUAAUGAGCCAAAUAACUACCGGAGCAUCCGUGGCCGGGCAGUGAAUGGUAGUCAGUUGGGAAAGGACUACAUCCAGCUGAAGAGCCUGCUACAGCCCAUCCGGAUUUACUCCAGAGCCAGCCUGUAUGGCCCCAAUAUUGGACGGCCCAGGAAGAACGUCAUUGCACUCCUCGAUGGAUUCAUGAAGGUGGCAGGAAGCACAGUGGAUGCAGUUACCUGGCAACAUUGCUACAUUGAUGGCCGGGUGGCCAAGGUGAUGGACUUCCUGAAAACUCGUCUGUUAGAUACACUCUCUGACCAGAUUAGGAAAAUUCAGAAAGUGGUCAACACAUACACUCCAGGAAAGAAAAUUUGGCUGGAAGGCGUCGUGACCACCUCAGCUGGAGGCACAAACAAUCUGUCAGAUUCCUACGCUGCAGGAUUCUUAUGGCUAAACACUUUAGGAAUGUUGGCCAAUCAGGGCAUUGAUGUUGUGAUACGACAUUCAUUUUUCGACCAUGGAUACAACCAUCUGGUGGACCAGAAUUUUAACCCAUUACCAGACUAUUGGCUGUCUCUCCUUUACAAGCGACUGAUUGGCCCCAAAGUCUUGGCAGUGCAUGUAGCUGGGCUCCAGAGGAAGCCUCGGCCAGGAAGAGUCAUCCGAGACAAACUAAGGAUCUAUGCUCACUGCACAAACCACCACAACCACAACUAUGUCCGUGGCUCUAUUACACUUUUCAUCAUCAACCUACAUCGAUCAAGAAAGAAAAUCAAACUGGCUGGGACUCUCAGAGAUAAGCUCGUGCACCAGUAUCUGCUGCAGCCCUAUGGGCAGGAAGGCCUAAAGUCCAAGUCCGUGCAGCUCAAUGGCCAGCCCUUAGUGAUGGUGGACGACGGGACCCUUCCAGAACUGAAGCCCCGCCCCCUGCGGGCCGGCCGGACGUUGGUCAUCCCUCCAGUCACCAUGGGCUUUUACGUGGUCAAGAAUGUCAAUGCUUUGGCCUGCCGUUAUCGAUAAGUCACCCUCUGGCCUUGAGCUGCUGGUGGGACUGCUGGGCUGCUCUCUGCUCUUCCACACAAGUAGCACUCUUGUUCCUCAGACACCUUCAUUAGCACCCAGCCUCUACUCCCACGCUGCUGGGAGUAACAUAGACUCUCCGCAGGGAGAGGAAAUGUCAUAGUGUGAGCUUAGUCUAGGUAGGUGGCAUCUGUCCCUAAGGAAAAUGUAGACAUCCUCUGUCCCUAUGCAAAGAUAAAGAUGUGUGUCUGUUUACGUACGAACAGCUGACAGCAAGCUUCCAGAACAAGUAUUUCCAAACCAGCUGCCCGCGGUCCUGACCACACAGCAAUGUAACUAACUGCAAACCCCAGGCCCUAGCCUGUGGCUGCUGUCUUCAGCAGAUGGGGCUGGGGGGUGCCCGCAGUCCUGACCACACAGCAAUGUAACUAACUGCAAACCCCAGGCCCUAGCCUGUAGCUGCUGUCCUCAGCAGAUGGGGGGGGGGGGGUGCACAUCUAAUCCUCUUCUAACUCCUCCUUUGUCUGUUUCCUGCUGCCGCCUCGGGUUUCCUGACACCUCACUUCCCAUAGGGAGCUAAUGGGUGAGCCAGCUCUGGCCUGCUGGGUGAGCUGUUUAUAUAAUUUCCUGGCUGAUGUAUGAGUGUGUGCAUCUGGGUUUCUGACAAUGGCAUCCAUCACUGGCUAGUCCUCUGGGAACGGGUGCUUCACAAGUGGAAUUACAGUCAUACUCUAAAGUUUGUAAGGUUCUAUUCCUCUGUGACUUUAGAGUCCCUCCAGCUAGGAAUGGGAGUCAGGUAACAAUAUUCAUUGAGUGGAGAGCAAUGUAUUAGGCUCCACAAGAAGAAAUCAUCAUUCUUCAUGCUGCCGGGAGGGAGAGAGUAAUACAAUGAAAAAGCACAUGGAAACAUCAACUCCCCUUCCCUCCCCCCACCCCACACAGGCGUGCACACACGCGCGCAGACACACACACACACACACACACACACUGAUCCAACAAAGCAAUUUAGACCUUGCCCUCAAACUGAAAGGAUUUCAAAGACUCAGAACAGUAAGAAAGCCUUAGCUGUCUGUCUGACCAAAAACCAUUUAGAAGAAGGCACGAAUGAAAUCACUGCAGACAGAGUCCAACCUGUCUGCCUCUUCCCACCUAGCUGAGUCUUAGUGCAUUUAUUUACUAGGGAGAAGAUUAAAGGUGGCCAGUUCCAUCCUACCCCAGCAUGGUGCACAGGUUUUCGACUCUAUUAAGGAAGAAUGGGGAACUGGUCUGAUAGCAAAACAGAUAAAUAGUAUACGGAGGGCUUCUGAGUUGGGCCAUCAGGAGGAGGGGCUUACAGCCCACAGAGGGGGAUCUUUAUUUGGCAGGAGGAGGGGCUUACAGCCCACAGCGGGGGACCUUUAUUUAGCAGGAGGAGGGGCUUAAAGCCCACAACUGGGACCUUUAUUUGGCUACAGGGUAUGGGAGUCUUUGGAAACAAGCUGCAGUCACACUGACUUUCUGUGGACAUGACUGACCUCAGGAACAAAAUGACAUGAAUGAUGCUGUCUUUAAGGAGAAAGGGGACCCUUGACCCUCCUGAGUGCCACCGUUUUGGUGUGAACAGGCAGGCCUGGGGAAGUGGUAGAGGCAAUGCCUGAAGAAUAGGGGCUUAGUCCCAUUUGCAAAGUGAGAGUCAAGAGUAGGUUAAACAGCAAGGUGCCCGAGACCUUCAGCUUAGAGAGCUGGGAAUUUGGUAGAGGGGAACCACCCAUCCGAUUCUCCCUAUAAUGAAGACAGUGGGAUUGGACUUUGGGGUGCUUGUUUUCAGUACAGGAUGAGCAUCACACAGCGGAUACAGUAGAGCAUGCAAGGGCAGAGGACUGAAGACAGGCUGGACCCCUCAAUGGUCAGCUCAGAAGCAUCUGGAAAUGGUGGCCCAUGAGACUGCUCACCCAGAGAGGCUCCCAGGGAGCUUCCCUCCUUAGGCACCUUCUGUGGAAGCUCUAGCACAGCACAGGAGGAUGGAAAGAAGGAAGGAAGGAAGGAAGGAAGGAAGGAAGGAAGGAAGGAAGGAAGGAAGGAAGGAAAAGAAGAGACAAACAGGUGGACCAGUGUGAGGAGGAAUGUGGAGGAAGGGAAAGGAGACAGACAAACAGGUGGUUUCUUCCUUGAACAUGUGUCAGCAUCUCUUCUCAGCACUUGUCUGGGGGCACCGCAGGGCCCCUGAUAACACCAAGGUGAUCAGAGUCCUAAUGCCAGGCCCUGGGCUAGUCAGCUUUACAUAUGUAGAAGCUGCAUAAUAAAGCUACUGUUGCUAUCCCAAGCACCUGCGGGGCCUGGGAAGGGUCCCUAGGCUGCCCAGCGUCACACAGUGAAAUGGGUUUGUUUGAGGAACCAUCCAGAACCUACUCAGUCACCAAGCUCAGUGGCUUUUCCUGUCAUAGACUUGCCCUCUCACCUGGCGGACUGCUUGCUCGAUAUACCCAACACUUCCAGAGCCCCACACAAACACAUUUCCUGUAAAUAGGCUUUAAUCCUUCACUAAGCCUCCCAGAAUGUAGGUCACUUUUGCCAUCUUUGUCUUUCUCUGUGAAUUAAAUGCUGCACCCAA